CUGCCUCGCCACCUUCUUCAUCCGAAAGCAAAAGCGACUCGUCACAGCUCAAACAAGUCAAGAGCGAAUAGUUCUUGCUGAUCUGUUGUUUGAUUACUUUAGUUCUCGAGAGGCUUUAGCUGAAUCCAUCGAUCGAUCAUGGAGGAUGAGAGGAACACGGAGAGCCACCAGGGUGGCGAGGCUGCAGAGCAGGUGGAGGUGAAGGACAGGGGCCUCUUCGACAACCUCCUUGGCAGGAAGAAGGACGAUCAGCCGGAGGAGAAGAAGCAUGAGGAGGAGCUUGUCACCGGCAUGGAGAAGGUCUCCGUGGAAGAGCCAAAGAAGGAGGAGCACCACGCCGAGGGCGAGAAGAAGGAGAGCCUCCUCUCCAAGCUGCACCGAUCCAGCUCCAGCUCCAGCUCGUCGAGUGAUGAGGAAGAGGAGGUGAUCGAUGACAACGGCGAGGUGGUCAAGAGGAAGAAGAAGAAGGGGCUCAAGGAGAAGAUCAAGGAGAAGCUGCCCGGCCACAAGGACCAUGCCGGUGAGCAUGCUCCUCCGCCCGCGGCGACGGGCUUCCCCGCGCCGGCUCCGCCUGCAUCCGUGGUGACGGCCGCGCCCACGCCAGCUCCUGCUCCCGUGGUGACUCACGGCGAUCACCACCACGACACCGCCGUCCCCGUGGAGAAGAUCGAGGGUGAUCACGCCAAGACGGAGGCGACCCUGCCACGUGCACCCGAGGAGGAGAAGAAGGGCUUCCUCGACAAGAUCAAGGAGAAGCUGCCCGGCGGCCACAAGAAGCCGGAAGACGCAACUGCUGUGCCGCCGCCGGCCGCCUCACCGGCUGCUCCUGCCACUACUCCGGCGCCAGCACACCCACCGCCGGCUACAGAGGAAGUGAGCAGCCCGGAUGGGAAGGAGAAGAAGGGUAUACUGGGCAAGAUCAUGGAGAAACUGCCCGGUUACCACAAGGGCUCCGGCGAGGAAGACAAGACCGCCGCCGCCGCCACCGGCGAGCACAAGAGCAGCGCUUAAUUGGGGCGUGUGUGAGACCAGGCCAUGGUUGGAAUUUGGAAGUGUUUGGCGUGUGUUAGUUUGGUGCUUUUUCUGCACUGCAGCUUUGUUAAGUUCGUGUCAAGAUUGGUCAAGGCCUGGUCAGCGAAGCCCGAUCAGUGAUCGAAGUUUGUGUUUCGUGUGGGGUACGGGCUUCAGUUUGCUAUAGUCAAGUACUAGAUGUUGAGUUUGUUUAAUUAUUAUUGGCACUCUUGUAUUGGUUUUGGGCUGGGCAUUCUGCCUUGGUAUUAAUGAUUUCUGCCCAGAAUAUAUUGUUGCCUUGUACAGUUGUACUGUACUACUCUACUGGGGUACACUGCAUUGUGAUCA